GGCUAUGAAUUUCGAACUGAACAGAAAGUAAGAAGAAUAACUAAAACAACAAAUUGCACUACGCACUACAUUUAUUAGCCGUAAAAUUAUAGAAGUAUUUCACUGAUAAAAUGUCCAAAAUAUUCACACCGACAAAUCAAAUUCGUUUAACGAAUGUGGCCGUUGUUCGGCUCAAGAAGUGUGGCAAACGGUUCGAAGUAGCUUGCUAUAAGAACAAAGUGUUGUCAUGGCGAAAUAAUAUCGAAAAAGAUAUCGACGAGGUGCUACAAACACACUCAAUCUUUUUAAACGUAUCAAAAGGCCAGCAUGCGAAGAAGGAAGAUUUGGUGAAAGCGUUCAACACCGACGACGUUGACGUCAUUUGCAAAGAAAUCUUGGAAAAGGGUGAACUGCAGGUAUCCGAAAAGGAACGAUCAUCGCAACUAGACUCAUUGUUCAGAGACAUUGCAACGAAUAUUUCCGACAAAUGCAUCAAUCCCGAAUCGAAGCGUCCGUAUCCGGUGUCUAUAAUCGAAAAGGCAAUGAAGGACAUCCAUUUCUCGGUGAAGCCGAACAAAAAUGCCAAGCAGCAAGCGCUCGAAGUUAUACCACUGCUGAAGGCUAGCAUCCCGCUGGAACGUGCGAACAUGCGCAUUAAAGUGUCGCUGAUCGGCAACAAUGCAAAGAAAAUGAAAGAGAAAAUUGUCCAGCAUUGCGUGUCGGUGGAGGAGGAGGAUUGGGAUAACGGAAAUUUGUCACUCAUCGGACUGAUUGAUCCUGGCAGCUUUAAAAUAAUUAACGACAUUAUAACGGCCGAAUCAAAGUCAACGGGUAGGUUAGAAGUGUUAAAUUUGAAAGAGGUCAUUGAUAAUGAGGAAGUGUUGGAAUAAAACCGCUGGAUCAUUAAAUGUUGCUGCAUUU